AUGACUCGUUUUGCUGGCCGUGGGUUGGAAACUGCAAAUUUGAUCGGAGUCGACCUUUUGCGUGAGCUUUGGACAGAUCUUGAUGAGCCGGCAGGUUCCCAACCAUUGAUACUCUCUGAAUUUAGACUGUGUGCAUGUCUCCUCAAUGGCGUUGUCUCUGGACUUGGUAAAGCCUUAUGGAGCUGCCCAUGUGGUGUUACUAAAAAUCCAUCUGGUGAGGCCGUCCUCGAACUUUGCAAGCUUAUGGUAUCUGAGUCAUCUGAGGUUCUGUAA